AUGAAAGAUUUAGGUGAUGCUAAUGUGAUACUUGGAAUUAAGAUAACUAGGUCUGAAAAAGGAUUUUCUUUGGAUCAAUCUCAUUACAUUGAAAAAAUCCAUAAGAAGUAUAAUUACUUUGACUAUAAACCAGCAUGUACUCCUUAUGAUCCUAGUGUAAAGUUGUUCAAGAACAUUGGUGACAGUGUUAGACAAACUGAGUAUGCGAGUAUCAAUGGUAGCCAUCGAUAUGCUACUGAUUGCACUAGGCCUAAUAUAGCUUAUGCCGUAGGAGUACUAUGCAGGUUUACAAGUAGACCUAGUUUGGAGCAUUGGUAUGCUAUUGAGAGGGUCAUGCGGUAUCUUAAAAGGACAAUGAACCUUGGAUUACACUAA